CAACGCUGCUGGCUGGCUGGGCCUGCUUGGUACACAGAUUCACCUUGAUUGCUGUGUGUGAGAGGUUUGUACAAUGAGCGAGCCAAUGGAUGUGACCACGGGACCUGUUGACCCCAAUGCUUCCGAAGGUUCUGCUGCCCCCGCUGCCACGGAUCCGGCCCCUGCGAAGAACAACGGGUCCGCCAACGACGAUGCUGCUGCUGCUGCCCUCAAGCCAACCGGCGACGCCGCCGGCCACGGCAAUGGCAACGGUAAUGCUGCCGUUGCCCCUACAAUAGAAAACCCGUCGACUGAGGAGCCCUCCGGGGGUGAUGCUGAUGCAGCACCGCCCGCUGCACUCGAAGCAGCAGCUGCUCCGGAGGCAGCAGCCGCAGCCAAGCAAGGCGGAGCUUCUCCCAACGAAAGCGGCGAUGGUCAACCCGCCGCAGCGGCCGCCGCUGCUACUUCUGCUGCUGCCGAUGCUCCAUCAGAUACCAAAGGUGGCGGCGCCAAGGAGGACCCGAUGGAGGGAACCAACGAGGAUGUCGAGGCCAUGGCCGCGGCGGCCAAAUCACUAGCACAAGCGGCGGCGGCCGCGAGUGCGCCACGCAAGGAGACCACGGAGAGCGGUGCUGCUGGGGCAGCCGAGCAGCCCAAGAGGAAGCGCACCCGGCGGGGAGGGUGGGACACGCCUGCUGCCCCCGGCGCUGUGGUCAAGAAGGGGUGGGGGGACGCACCACCAGUGGCCCCUGUGGUUCCGAUGACCCCCUUGCAGGAAUUGCAGCGGAAGCUUGCCGAGGAGCAGGUGGCGGCCGCGAUGGGGCAAGCGCCACCGGUAUCCUCGGUGUCCGCCGGAGCCGCCGCCUUAGGUCUCACCAUGGGAGCGGCUAUGCAGGCGUCAGGGGCUGGAACAAGGACGCAGACUGCCCCUGCUCAGCCGAGCAAUCCCAGGCGCAUCUACGUUGGCUCCCUCCACUACGAGCUCAAGGAGAGUGAUAUCACGUCAAUAUUUGCGAACUUCGGGGCGCUCAAGCUGGUGGAUAUGUCCCACGACAGUUCCACCGGUCGGCAUAAGGGUUUCUGCUUCAUCGAGUACGUGGACGUGAAGGCGGCUGACGCGGCGCUGAGGGCGAUGAACGGCUUCGAGCUCGCCGGCCGCGCCAUCAAGGUCGGGCGGCCACACAACACGAACUCUGGCGUCGCAGGCGGUAUCGAAGGCAUGGGAUUGCCAGCGGCGAUGCAGCUUCCGGGAAUGGCGGCCUUCAUGGCCCAGCACUCCACCUCCGCGGCUGGCGGAGCGCAGGGAUCGGGGGUAGCUGCCGAACAGCUGAAGGCCGCCAUGGGCAUGACGACGGCCCCUGCUCAGACGAAGAUCUACGUCGGCAACGUCGAGCCACACAUCACGACUGAGAUGAUCAAGACGGUGUUCGAACCCUUUGGCAUGGUCGUGGGUGCGGAGAUGGUACAAGACCCUUCCAACCCUGGGAACCACAAGGGCUUCGGGUUCAUCCAGUACGCGCAGGAAAGCGUGGCGAGGACUGUGAUCGAUACGAUGUCGAGCUUUGAGCUUGCCGGGAGGACGUUACGCGUCGCCUGGGCCCAAGACCAGUCCAAGCCUGCACUCUCGGUCCUUCCUCCGGGUCUUUCGGCUGCUGGCGCCGCUGCCCAAGCCGCUGCCCAAGCCGCCAAGGCUGCCGCGUCCGCCGCUGGGGGGGCGGCCGCCGCCCAAGCCGCCGCUCGUCUGACGGCGGCUAGUCGCCUCCAAGGCUUGGGCAACGGCGGUGUCGCAAACAACGGGAGCAACGGGGGAGUUGGAGUUGUCGGGGGCUCCGCGAGGAGACUGCAGGGGGGAGGCGUCGGAGGAGCCACGGGGGUUCCCGGCGUGUCGAGAUGCAUGUGUUUGGUGAACAUGCUAGGACCAGAAGACGCUGACGACGAGGAUACCAAGGCGGAGAUUCUAGAGGAGUUCGGGACGUGCGGGACUGUGCUGCAGCUCCACGUGCACAAGCAACGAGGACCCGACGGGGCCGUGUGGGCCGUGAGAGUGUUCGUAGUGUUCUCCGACCCGAACGAGACAGUGACAGCCAUUCGGAAAAUGAACGGAAGGUUCUUUGCUGGGCGACAGGUGCAAGCGGCAGCGUACGAUCACGGGAUGUUCUCUCAGGGCUUGCUGGACAGUUGAUAAGCAUAUCCAGAAAAUGAAGUGUUCCAAGUGUUGUGUUCGAUGUGUCAUUUCAUUACCACGGCCGUUGACCCGCAGUUGGUAAGCUUGAGGAAAUGAAUGCUCUAUGGAGGCGCCUCGAAGGGCAUCGUGCCGUGGUGGGAUGGUCGGCUUGGUUUUCCCGUGUUGCUGUGGAACGUGGGCGGAUCUCGCCCUCAGUCCCACCUAUGCGAAAGCCUGCUUGUAGCGAGGUCUGCGCCCUUUGAGGGCACCGGGAAGGCUAGAUCCAAGGCCUGGAAGCAAUUGAUUGUUGUAUCUUUUUGUGGCAAGGCAAGUGCUCUCGCCGUUGCCGCCGACGCUCUCGCAAACGCCGCCUGGUGCCUGUGUUAGCUUGCGUACGGGAAAGGUUUUUCUCCUUUACGGGUGGCUGUUUGCAUGAGCAUGUCACGUGCGUUCCAUAUGCGACUGGUUGGCGUGCGCGGCCCCCCGAGGGUUCGCCUAGGGUUUGCGUGCGUAGAGCAAUGUACUCAGAAACUUCAGCGACGAACGAAGCAACUUAUCAACUGAUAAAAUAGGUGAGACAAAUUACACGUUUGGCGUCAGUGCCGUUGAAGUGUAAUAAAAAAAUUCUUUACGAAUGAGUUUGUCGUUCACGCUAACGUUUUUUGCACCCAGCGGCACGAUGACAGUUUCUUCGA